AUGGAGACACAGAAUUAUUCUGCUGUGACUGAAUUCUUUCUGGUGGGAUUUUCCAGAUACCCAGAGCUCCAGCUUUCUCUGCUUAUGUUUUGUCUCACCAUGUACCUAAUAAUCCUUCUGGGAAAUAGCCUCCUCAUUAUCAUCAGCAUCCUGGAUUCUCACCUCCACACCCCCAUGUACUUCUUCCUUGGAAACCUCUCAUUCUUGGAUAUAUGCUAUACAUCCUCUUUCAUUCCUCCAAUGCUCAACAUAUUUAGGUCAGAGAGAAAAACAAUCUCCUUCUUUGGCUGUGCUCUGCAGAUGGUUGUCUCCCUUGGCUUGGGCUGUACUGAGUGCAUCCUCCUUGCUGUGAUGGCCUAUGAUCGGUAUGUGGCCAUCUGCAACCCACUGAGGUAUCCAAUCAUCAUGAAUAGGGUGUUAUAUGUUCAAACGGCUGUGUGGUCUUGGAUCAUAGGCUGUCUAAACUCUCUAGUGCAAACAGUCCUGACAAUGUUGUUGCCUUUCUGUGGGAAUAAUGUCAUUGACCAUCUUACCUGUGAGUUGUUGGCUCUUCUUAAACUCAUUUGUUCAGACAUCACCAUCAAUGUGCUUAUCUUAACAGUGGGAAGUAUUGUUUUCUUAGUGAUUCCCCUACUGUCAAUUUUUAUUUCUUAUGUUUUCAUUCUCUCUACCAUCCUGAGGCUUAACUCUGCUGAGGGGAGAAAGAAAGCUUUUUCUACAUGUUCAGCACACCUGGCUGUGGUGAUUUUAUUCUAUGGUUCAGCUCUUUUUAUGUACAUGAAGCCCAAGUCAAAAGACACAAAGACAUCUGAUGAGAUCAUUGGGCUAUCUUAUGGGGUAGUGACCCCAAUGUUGAACCCCAUUAUCUAUAGCCUGAGGAAUAAGGAAGUCAAAGAGGCUGUGAAGAAAGUCCUCAGAAGACAUCUUCACUUACAGAAAAUAUGA